AUGGAGGAACAACAAGAAAAUCCAAUUCAAGGGGCAUUAAAAGAUAUGGGGAAGAGUAUACUGAUGAAGCAUUCUUUAGUGCAAACAUUGGAAGUAGAGUACAAAAAUAUUUGCAAAAAAACUGAAACCAAUUUAAAAGAGUUGGAAGAAUUGACAACAAAUAUUUAUAACUUAGAAGGUUAUUUAAAUGCUUCCAACUGCAGGCUGGAGAAAUAUUGCGAAAAAGAAGUGGAGUGGAAAAAGGAAAAUCUUUCUUUAAAACAAAAUGUUGAUGAUGUUAAGAAAUCAUUGGAUGAAGCUAAAAAAAUAGCUCACUCUGAUGACAUAUCAUUUGAUCAGAACGUCAUUAAACUAGUGCAGGGGCUACAGAAAGAAAGAAGCUUACAUGAUUCAAAUACAACUAAGGAGUCAUUGAAUAACCUGGAAAUGAUGGAUAAAGCACUUACUCAAGAGGCAUUAGUUGUUAAAAAUAUGAUAAAGGAACAUAAUAGAAAAUAUCCUUUUAAAGAAUCAGAAGAAGUUUCAUUUAUUUUGAAAAACACUGAUUUAUGCGAUUCAGUCAAUUUGGAAAUAAACAAAAUGUUGAAGAGAAAAAACGAGUUUUUAAAGAGGCUUGAUGAAUUGAAAGAUAAAGUUAGACAAUUAGAAGAAGAAAUACAAAUAUUAAACAAAAGAGCAUAG